AUAUAAACCAUUUUGUAGAUUUGUGGCUGGGAUUUGGUAUUGGAGGUGACUACCCUCUUUCUGCCAUGUCUGAAUACGCAAACAAGAAGACCCGUGGGGCUUUCAUCGCGGCUGUCUUUGCCAUGCAAGGUGUCGGAAUCUUGGCUGGAGGUUUCGUGGCACUCGCAGUGUCUUCUAUAUUCGACAAAAAGUUCCCAGCUCCAACAUAUGCAGUCGACAGGGUUCUCUCAACGCCUCCUCAAGUUGAUUACAUUUGGCGAAUCAUCGUCAUGUUUGGUGCUUUACCCGCAGCUUUGACUUACUACUGGCGUAUGAAGAUGCCCGAAACAGCUCGUUACACCGCUUUGGUGGCCAAGAACAUCAAACAAGCCACAGCAGACAUGUCCAAGGUCUUACAUACAGAUCUUGAGGUUGAGGAGAGGGCCGAGGAUUAUGUCAAAGACCCCAAACAAACCUAUGGCUUGUUCUCCAAGGAAUUCCUUAGACGCCAUGGGCUUCAUCUCCUUGGAACUACCUCCACUUGGCGGCCACCAUGCAUGAACGCCACCCAUGAGGUUUUCAGGAUUGCUAGGGCUCAGACUCUUAUCGCCCUUUGCAGUACUGUCCCAGGCUACUGGUUCACAGUUGCCUUUAUUGAUAUCAUUGGAAGGUUUGUGAUCCAGCUAAUGGGAUUUUUCAUGAUGACCGUGUUUAUGUUUGCCAUUGCCUUCCCUUACCACCACUGGACCAAACCAGAAAACCGUAUCGGAUUCGUGGUUAUGUACGCUUUCACUUUCUUCUUCGCCAAUUUUGGUCCAAAUGCAACCACUUUUAUUGUCCCGGCUGAGAUAUUCCCGGCUAGGCUAAGGUCAACAUGUCAUGGAAUAUCAGCCGCGGCUGGUAAGGCUGGAGCCAUCGUUGGAGCGUUCGGGUUCCUAUAUGCAGCUCAAUCUCAAGACAAGGCCAAGGUCGAUGCCGGAUACCCACCAGGUAUCGGAGUUAAGAACUCACUGAUCGUGCUUGGUGUUCUUAACUUCAUCGGUAUGCUCUUCACCUUCCUUGUCCCAGAGCCAAAGGGCAAGUCCCUCGAAGAACUCUCUGGUGAGGCUGAAGUUAGCCAUGACGAGAAAUAGUUAUUUAUUUUGUGACAAUGAAACUAUUGUAAUUUU